GGAUGCGGGGCUCCCGGGAUCGUGCCCGGCGCUCGGGGCGGUGGCGAGCGGGUGGGAGCUGUCCACGGUGCUGAAACUGCGGCGGCGACAGCGACAGGGACGCGGCCGGGAGCAGGGAGCUCUCCUGGAAGCUCCAUCGCGGCUGCGAGGCGGGGGACACCGUCGCUCGCCAGCCCAUGCCCGGUCCCCGAGCCCCGCGAGAAGGCGGGACGGUCCGCAGCGCGACAGGCUCCGUGAGGACUGAGCGGUGGACCGAGACUCCCCGCCCUGGCAACGGCAGACAGAACCAUGGAGAGACUGAGUGAACUACAGAACCCACUGCUGCCAAGAAACCCCGCCCACCUCCGCAGUCCCUACCCCUACACGGAGGCCCCGUCCAGCUGGUCCUGCCAAGAAAAGCUUUAUUCCUACCUCCUAGGAGGUGCUGGUCCUGCUCGCACCCACCAGCUCCUAGACCCAGGGUCCCUGCAGCUGGCUGUGGAGGCUUGGUAUCGGCCUCGCUGCCUCCUGGGGAAGGACAAGGUCAAAGAGCCCAAAGCAGGCAGCUGUGAGACCAGCUUCACCGAGGCCAGGGAGCCCCCACUGGGGCCCACAGAACAGGGCUCAGAACCUGGUCAAACGGAGGAGGAUGUCACCAUCCACACUGUGUCCUAUGGGGUCCAAGAGGAGCUGCAGGGCCAGGAGGAUAGCCAGGAGGAAGAGAGUGAUGCAACCUCAACAGAGAGCGAAAGCGAAGACACCUUUGUCACCCUGCCUCCCAGGGACCACUUGGGGCUCACCCUCUUCUCUAUGCUCUGCUGUUUCUGGCCUCUGGGCAUUGCUGCCUUCUACUUCUCCCAGGGGACCAGCAAGGCCAUCUCCAAAGGGGACUUCCGCCUGGCCAGCACCACCUCCCGCCGGGCGCUCUUCCUGGCCACACUUUCCAUCGCUGUGGGAGCCGGUCUCUAUGUGGCUGUGGUGGUGGCUCUGGCUGCUUACAUGUCCCAGAAUGGCCAUGGCUAGUGGUUAGUAGGACCCUCAUCCUGGCUCUCCUGGCCUACCAGAGGAAGGUGUAAGGCUUGGAACUGUGUGCCGUCCCAGAGUAGGCCAGUUGUGGAUGGGAAGCAGGAGAGGCAGGGUUGUCCAACAGGCCCCGCCCAGCCUACUCUGCCCACUCCCCACAGGGCCUCUGUACCACAGGCAGCUCAGUUCUCCACUUGCCAUCUUUCCCACAGAGAAAGAGCAGGAGGCUCGAGGGAGCAAAAGGAAUGUGCAAGGAGCGAAGGGUAUGGUCAGUCUUUGUAACCCAUAGGGCUCUCCCCUGUGUACAUCUUAAGCAGCUACCCAGGCCCCCACCAUGAUGCCCAGGAUCCUCCAACCAGGAAAGAAAUACAUGGACACCCAGCCAUUCCCUGCUCCUUCUGUCUCUGGGCACCACAUAUCUCCCUUGUUAGUGCGGAAGACAGCCUGUAGUGUCUCCCGGGGUGGAGAUGGCAUGGGAGAACUCUGUCCUCAGGGCAGGUUGCUGGGGCUUUUCCGUGCCAGACAAAAUCAAGUGUGGUGCCAGAGAGGAUGGAGGCCUGGAAUCCUGCAGGACCACAUAGCCCCCUCACUCACUGUACCCCAGUUCUUCUCUCUGCCAUCCCUUCUAGGCUCUGCUGAAAGGGCCCUGAGCUGGUGCCCCCCAUAUAGGGAGACUGGGAAAGGAUAUUGCUACUCCCUAGAUUCUGAGUGCAAGGUCCCAGACUCAGGCUUACGGGGAGACAGAGGAGGGACACACAUGGAUGUGGGCUGUGCAGCAGUCAGCGGUGCUCAGGAGGAGGCGUCCCCUGAGCAACGUCUACAAGGACCACCAGGAUCCACCUAAGAUUUGUUUCUAUGUAACUCUCCAUGCUGGUGGACAAGGGCGUGUUAGAGCCUCCCAUGGAGGUUCCCAGGCUGUUCCGAUUCGGCCUGGACUAUCCAGUCUGGAAUAAUUUUUUUGCAGCCAUUUCUAAACUAUCCAUCAAAGGCAGGAAGGCCAAGCCUUUCUCUCCCACCCAUGAUAUUUCCCCAUCUUUGAAUGAUGGCAACGGCCCCUGAGCACCUUCGCUGAUAACUGCCACUCAGGACUGCUUUCAAGCCCCUCCACCCCAAGGCACUAAGGAAUGACAGUUUCAGCGAUAUCAAGAACAAAGGACCCAGUCCAAUGGGAAGGCAGGCCCGCUGGGAUUCAGCCUGCAGGACUAUUGUGCACGAUUUGGGGAACCUGGCAGUUUCUGUGCUCUGGUCCCACGCCCUACCCAUACCCCUCACUUCAGGUGUUGCCCACGCUCCACUCCCUGCACUGGCAGUUGAAACGUCCCCCGUACUGUCUCUAUUUAUCCUGACAAUAAACUUUUCCAUAACA